AGCAAAACUAGAUUAGUCCAAGGAAGCCUGCCCUGGCUUAAAUCCUCUCUUGUUUUUUCGUGCGUUCUUCCGCAGUCCGCAUGGCGCGAUAGUCGCGGUAGGGUGUACCCGUCGUCGAUUCCUAGCUUUCCAUACCUCAGAGGAAGAGGCCGUCCUCUCUCAAAUAUAUGCCAUACGUCCUAUGACAAGUCUCUGCUGUAGUUAUUUAGUCAAAGCCUUUUCCCUAUCCCACGUCGAUUCUCCCCGCGCGUUCCCUGUACCGUUUAUUCAGACAGCUUGACGGUUUGACGCUUUGACGGCUUGACGGCUUGACGACCUUCAUCAAGCGCCUUGAUCGGCGAAACUUAGCGGUAGAGGCCAAGUGUACUUAGUGGGACCAAGUGUACUUAGCGGUACUGGUACUUAGUCGUUUUACCACAAAACAGAGCCGACAUUGCGGGGGGACCGAGUGUAGCUAGUCACAAUGCCGCCGAAGAAGGAAGCGAAGCAGUCUAAAGCGGAUAUCGCGAAGAAGCAGAAGGUCGUGGAGGAUAAGACGUUCGGGCUGAAGAACAAGAACAAGAGCAACAAGGUUCAGAAGUAUGUGCAGAACAUGCAGCAGUCCGUGCAGGCAACGGCUAGACGACAGGCCGCUGAAGACCCAGCCGUCGCCAGAAAGAAGAAGAAGGAGGAGGAGGCGAAAAGGGAGAAGGAGCUGAACGAGCUCUUCAGAGUCGCCAUCACGCAGCCCAAGGUGCCGCCAGGCGUGGACCCCAAGUCCAUCGUCUGCGAGUUCUUCCGCCACGGGCAGUGCAGCAAGGGCUUUAAGUGCAAGUUCUCCCACGACCUGAGCGUGGAGCGCAAGGGCGAGAAGAUCGACCUUUACAGCGACCAGCGGGACGACGAAGACAAGAUGGAGGACUGGGAUCAAGCGAAGCUGGAGCAGGUGGUGGCUUCCAAGGGCGCAGAGUACAAAAACGCCAAUAAGCCCACUGAAAUUGUGUGCAAGCACUUCCUGGACGCCGUCGAGAAGAAGCAGUACGGGUGGUUCUGGGUGUGCCCCAACGGCGGCAAGGACUGCAUGUACCGCCACGCUCUGCCGCCCGGCUACGUGCUCAAGUCGCAGAUGAAGGCGUUGCUGGAGGAGGAGCAGGCGAACAAGCUGACUGUUGAAGAGAUGAUUGAGAACGAGCGCAAGAUGACAGCGAGCCACACGCAGUUGACGACUGAGAUCUUCGCCGAGUGGAAGCAGAAGAAGCAGGCCAUUCGCGACGCUGAGCUGGCGGCUAAGAAGGCGGCACGUGCCAAGGAGGACAGAAUGAGUGGUCGCGAGCUCUUCCUGUCCGAUGCGUCUCUCUUUGUGGACGACGACGCUGCAUGCGACGCGUACGAGAGAGUGGAGGAGGAGGAAGGGGCUGCAGCUCCCCCUAUUACCACUACCGGCGAAUCCAGCAAUGCUGCGGCUGCUGAUGGUGAUGGUGGAGGGACAAGCUCUAGUGGUGCAGCAGCAGCAGCAGCAGGAGGGGGGGGCGAGGCUGGUACCUCGGGGCUUGCUCUCACAGAGGAAGAUGAGAUGCUAUUGGCUGAGGACGACGAUGAGCUGGCACCCGAGGAGCUGGAGGAGCUGGAAGCUGAGCUGGCGAAGACAUCGAUUUCAUGAGCCGUCCGUCGCCCGAGUGACUUAGGGAUGGUGGUGGGUGCGUUUUGUUUGGUUGUUAGGUGCCGUGACAAGGGAAUCUUGGUGGGACUCCCAACCAACUUUGGGUGUUGUGCUGUGCCUCGGAACGUGUCACAUGAGUCUUGCAGUCUCAUGUUUUUUGGACUACAAGAGGGGUUUGCAUAGAACUCUUGGCUUGGUUGGUUGAAUGUUUUUCGGCAUUGGUGGUGGUGGGACUUAGAUUAUGGUCGAGGGCAACAGCGAUGAAUACUUCGGGCAGACCGAGAUUCGACCAAGGUCGGUGUGUAACGUAGGAAUCUUCCAGCCAUAUUGGGCAGGAGGAAGUGGGGUUUGCAAGGCAUUUGCAUGAAUGUUUUUUAGGGGUUAGGGGUUGCAUAUGACUGUGUUAUCUUGAAUCAGUUAUAUGACGCAUCAUGCUGUAGUGGCACUGGGAUAGUCCUGUCUAACCUCCUCUCUAGGGAGGGUACUAGGGAGGCUUUCCCUGCGGAAGGUGCAUAUAUAUAUCCUAACUCUCCUAAUGAGAUCUCUCCAGACCCAGUGGUUAGGAUUGGUGACUUCAUGACACUUACUUUACCCUGAUUGUUUUUUGCGUUAGUAUGCUUCUUGUUGAUUAUUAU